CCCAGGUAAGUUUACUUUCGGUUUGAAAUUACUCUGACCGUGACACACGAGACGUUUAAUACAGAAAUAAAAAGGGACAAGAUGGCAACUGCUUCACCUCCUGUAGACUGGCAAGUCGGGAAAACACUUUCCGAAAGCUUUGACCACUUACUGACUUCCGGUAUUGCCAGUGACGUCACAUUUAUUGUCGGAGAGGAAAAGAACAGGGUAUCCGCCCACAAACUGGUCCUCCUCAGUAGAAGUCCGGUAUUCUACGCCAUGCUGGAGGGUCCAAUGGCCGAGAAAGGGGAGAUAACUAUCCCGGAUAUAACUCUAGAGGCGUUCAACUUGUUUUUAAGGUACCUUUACACAGACAAAAUCAACUUGACGGGCAGAAACGUGUUACCCGUGUUUGAUGCGGCCAGAAAAUACUGCGUCGAUAUCCUUUCCUCUCUUUGUGAGACUUUUUUUUCUCGGAAUCUGACGGUAGGUAGUGUAUGUGUGCUAAUGGAGCAAGCCCAUGUGUUCAUGAUGGAGAGCCUGAAAGAGAAGUGCUUACAGUUUAUUCUUGAAAGCGCUUCUGAUGUUCUACAAUCGGAGACUUUCAAUGAACUCUGUCUGGACUGUGUGGCAAUUAUCACUGAAUCAGAUAACCUUCAUACCGUUCCUGAGAAAAACGUGUAUGAAGCUCUCACCAAUUGGGCGGAGGCGGAAUGUGGCCGACAGAAUCUAGAGGCAACAGCACAAAACAAGAGGAACCUCCUUGGUGACAUUUUGUACAAUGUACGUUAUCUGCAUGCCGAGGAUGAUUUUCUUUUCGGUAAAAUAUGUUCUGACAAAAUCCUGAAAUCAGAUGAUAUAGUUGAUCUUAUCAAUCAAAGGCGAAACCAAAUCCCUUUGUUAUCGGAUAAAUUAAAGUCAAGAAAGAGGUUUGCUCAUUGUUGUCAAAGGAUAUAUAGAAAUGGACAAGUGAGGCAACGCGUGUGGCUUACGGAACCGGAGAAUGAUGGUAUUUCGUUCCAGCCAUCCGCUGAUGUAUAUCUUGUCGGAUUUGGAUCAUUCCACACGGCAAAAGAACCAAGUGGCGUUAGUUUGAAGGUGUAUGAAGAAAAUUUUUGUCUUCUCGACACGUUUAAGACAUUGGCAGAGUCACAACCAGACACACCUCACAUGGGUGAUGUAAGGUUUGAUAAACCGAUAAAGUUAAGAGCUGGGAAAACAUAUACAUUAGUUGAACUUGCGAACAGGGAAAAGGUAUACUAUUUUGAAAAUGGACUUAAAAGCGUUGCUCUCAAAGAUAUGACUAUUGUUUUCAGUGAAACAAAAAGAAGCAGAUGUACAAAUACAAAUAGAGGUCAGAUACCUUAUCUUAUUCUACAGUAGCGACAUCUGAACGAAGGUGACUACUCUCUGACCUCUUUAGCCACAAUUACACACAUCAAAUUAGUAUAUAUAAUGUAGAUGUCCAACUGGGAUGCAUGAUACAGGUGAUUAUAAGACUUUUUAUGUGUGUGUAUACUCCACCAGGGGGUCACAGAAUGUGGUGAAACCCGAGGCUUACCGAGGUUUUUACCACAUUUUGUGAUCCCGAGGGUAGAAUAUCCCUAUCCUACAUACAUACACAAUGAAGAAUCUUUUCUCUCAUAUCACUAUUUAAUUUCUGGUAAAGUGUCAGUCGGCCAUCCAUUUUCUCCUUUUUUAAAAUUCAUUAUUUGAGGUUUUCCCCAAAAAUACAUUCCUUUCAUGGUGGUGAACGAAAUGCAUAAUUCGCCGAUAGGAAUUUCCGUAACCUGAUCAGCUUUUGACGUGUCCAUGAUCAUGUUAUCACCAUCCGAGAAAACAAGUUUUAUCAAUACUUUAAAAAAUCAACGAGGAAAUGAAUUUUCCAAUUUCAUAUGUAUUUGAUUUGCAGUUCCACAUAUUCGAUCAUUUACGGAAUAAACCUGUACGUUUUAUUGGUUAGUUACGACUCAUGUAAAAUACUACGUCACUGCAUAAUACCACGACUACCAUUGGAUUCCAUUCAUAGUACAAAUUAUAUGGAUCGUAUUUAUUUUAAAGAACACGAGAAAAAAUAAAAAUAAAAAACACGGGUACAUGAUCCCCGACAUUACUUUACACUGUGAUGAGCCUAAUGAAAAAUGAAUAUUAUUUUCGUCAAAGCUUCCAUGCAUACUGUGAUGUAAAUAUCUAGUAAUAAAGCAAAAGGCUCUGAUAAAAUUUUAUGUUUUGCUGUUUAAUGCUGUACUAGGCACAGGCGUUGUGCCAGAACAAUAGAAAAUGGUUACAAUAAAGCCCAUCUAUAGGGAAUACAGUUGAUUCCAUACCACUGAUAAUAACAGGGCUAUAAUUCUGUUGUCAAUUAUUUGAGAGGUUUUUACUUAUGUUUUAAACAAACACCUUACAACAGUAUCUGAUGGUAAACAGUUUAUAUUUGAUGAUCAAGCGGUCUUUAGAAGAGGUUUUCAUUUAACAGAAAAUAUAUUUAUAAUUUAUUUUCUAAUAUCUAUAUACUUUGCUAUGGGUAAAAUUAUACUGCACAUUUGCUAGAUUUUCGAAAUGUUAUCGAUACAGUGUGAGUUGUGGAUUAUGAAGAAAGGUACUUAAAAAUAAUACUACAUGAACAAGUUCAAGGUUAUUUUCAUAUUUAUCACAUACCUGUUGUAUCUUAUAGUAAUACAAGAAAUUUCAGACCAUGAAAUACAACGGUCUGUAUUGCACAUGUGCAAUACGGAAUGUUGUAUUUACCUUCUAGCCGGAACUAUUUUUUUUAUGGAAAUCCCCUUGUCAUUGGACAUGUAACAUAUCCGGGUAUUGCAUUGGUAAAUAUUUAUGGAUAGUUUUUUUUUAAGUUUGAGAUUUUUUAUGGUCACGACAACUCACAUGCUUUGCUGAACACAGUAUGGUUCAAUAGCACUAAACUUUUGGGGUUCAGGGGAUGUAAUGAGAACAGACAAUUGAAAUGGGGAGACAUAGAAUUAAAAUGAGAUGAAAAUGGGUCAGAAUACCUAGAAUUUAACCAAAGAACAACAAAAACAAGAGGCGGAAACAGUACUCACGUAAGAUCAUUUAAUCCGAAACAGUUUCAAAAUCCUGAAAUUAAGUGGCGAUGUCCAAUCGAAGCCUACAAAUUGUACGCCAAGCACCGUCCUCAGGCCAUGAAUACACCGGAGUCUCCAUUUUAUAUCGCUGUCAAUCAGAAGAGCACUGGUGAAAAGUGGUUCAAAAACCAGCCAGUUGGAAGAAACAAACUCGGUUUAAUGGUGAAAACAAUGGCACGUAACGCCGGUCUUACUGGGAAAAAAACAAACCAAUUCUUGAGAAAAACAUUGUGUACAAAACUCCUCCUUUCCGGCGCUGCUCAUACGACUAUUAUGCAAUAUUAUCUGGUCACAAAAACGUAAAUAGUGUAAAUAACUAUGCCGUAGCUUCCCUUAACCAAUAACGUGAAAUGUGCGAAACUCUUCAAAACGUGAAGAAGUCUGCUAUAUCUUCCAGUGUAACAUCCACAGUAUCACGUAGGCCAAUGGCGGAAACAUCACACAGUCAAAACCUACCAGCCGUCACAACUUGUCCCCGUGAGAAAGAGGUGCAAAAUCUUGCGACGGGAACUUUCAAUAUAUCCUUUCAAAUAUCAUCCCAGUCAAAAAAUACCACAUCUCACAGCAUGUCACCUCCUCGUAAGUACAGACGCAUAGCACAGCUUCCCGACUCCGAUUCUGAUGACUGAAGUUACCGAUAUUUGCGAAAACCAUCAGUAUUAACAAAAUUUAAAGUUUGACCUCUACAAAAUACUAAAGGUAUGUGAUAAAUGCAAGACCACACACUUGUGUUUUUCUAACGAAUCAGAAAGCAUGAGUUUAUUGUGCGGACGAAUAUAUUCACGAGUGCGCAGAGCGCACGAGUGAAUAUAUACGUCCGCGCAAUAAACGAGUGUGUAGUCUUGUAUAUGUAUUCUCUUUUUUUUUCAACGAUUUUAUUGGGCAACAGGCGAAUGCUAUACAUUUCCGAAAAACAAUUCUAUACAGCGUGAAUUGUUGAUUCUGAAGUACAUACAAGUAAUAUCAAAGAAAAUUUUAUCAAGAUUUGUAAAUGACCAAAACAUUUUUAUGUCUGACUUUUUUGUUUUUAUUUUACAACGAUAUUUGAUCAAAUGGAUUUAAUUUCAUAGUGCUGACAGAGUGUUGCAGUUGUAUCAGCAUUAAUAUUGUAAUACAUGUAUGAUAUGAAAUGUUCUUACAAGUGCAGUGCAUAAUUAAUUACUGUUUUUUUUCAUAUAUUUUUCUAUUUUUUUCACCUCCGUGAAGUUGAUAACCUAUUUGAUUCCAUCAUUACAUAAUCGUUUCUUAUUCCUCAUUCCUGAUUUCAUUACAUAUUCUUUUCCCCUUUACUGAUUAGCACAUCAAAUGGUUCAAAACUUAUAAUUAAACGUUCGCAUUACCUAUUCGAACAUUUUAUUCUUGAUCCAUACCUUAUUACUUAUUCAGUUAUUUCAUUACUUAUUCGAUUCCUUCAUUACUUCUCGUUUUCUCUUUAUUUAUUAAGGCUUUAAAUGAUUAAAAACUAAUUAUUCAAUAUUCCCUUCACCCUGUCGAUUCCUUAUCCAUACCUUAUUACUUAUUCAAUUGACAGAUUACUCAUUCGAUUCCUUCAUUACUUAUUCGUUUUCUUUUUACUUAUUAACACUUUAAAUAGUUCAAAACUAACAAUGAAACAUGUCAAUCGUCUUGUCGACCAUUCCAUUCCUUAUCCAUACCUUAUUACUUAUUCUAAAUUCCUUCAUUACUUAUUCGGUCCCUUCAUUAUUUAACCAACCCCACCCCCUUAUUUCGUGUGUGUUUAUGAGAAUGAAAGCCAGAGAAGACCAUGCUGGUAGGGCUCUCGACAACCCCUAGAAACAUCAGGCUUCCCAUGCAUUUAAAUAACUUUGUAUUAAUUGGUUUUUGCGUGACCUUUCUUUCUGUAGUUAUUUAACUAUUUUAUAUGUAUUACCUUAUCCCUUAAUCUCUGUAAUUAACUUAUGCGUUUAUGUUCAUUCAAUUACCAAUUGAUGAUAUUUGAUUUGUAUUUUGAUUUGUAUAAUGUAUAUUUCUUGUUGUAAUUCUUCAUUUUGGAGGAAAUAAUGAAAUGAUUAAAAAAAAUAGAUAAUAUAGCAUUUUAAAUUAUGUUUAGUACGCACAUAUCACUGCAACACGAGCUAUCAUGUGACGUAUAAUGAAUAGCUGGUAACCUC